CCUACACAAACGAGGCAUUGCAUUCGUGGCUGAACCACUCUGGGAUCGAUGAGGUCGAUUGCGGUCGUGCCACGCGAGCGCCACGACUUCUCUGAACAGGUUUCGUCCACGCGCCUUCACCACUGUAUCCGCAUGUUUACCAGAGUCAAGCACGUCGUGUGUGGCGUGUACUUUGCCAUGUUGGCGUUUGUGUUUUUCAAACUGAGCCCGUCGUCCGCGGCAGCCAUCCAUGCGUAUGCGCCACUCGUCACAGCUUGCACGUACACUGCGCUAACUCUCCUGCACGUUGGUUUCGUCGUCAGGUCGUGUCGAAGGCCACCGCCGCCAAGUUCACCAUCGCCUCCGGCUGCAACCGCGUUGAAGCGACGGCUGACUUCCUUCAUCAAUAAGGACGAGCUCUUGUCCGAAGCGAACGAGUGGUGGUGGUGCAACCUGUCGGAGGACAAGCACAUCCUGGUGUUUCACACUGUCGAGGUCGUGUGCCAGAGCUACAAGGCGUUUCAAGUAACUCAAUAUGUCGUCGACAAGUGGUUUGUUGGUGCAUUUCUGUCGUGCGUCGCGCUCAAUUUGGUCGUGUCACCGUGGUUCUUGGUUGGGCGCCGCUCAUCCGCCACGAAUCACAUCGUCCUGAGCUGGUUCAACAGCUUCAUCGGGUUCUAUUUGUCUUGCUUGUUGCCGCUCGCGAGCCUUCUCGCGCCGGUUCUAAAACUCCUCCUCGUCGACUGGACAUUAUCGAGCAACCACGCAUGGUACACUCGCGUGCUCCUGUAUUGCCGCAUCGUGGUGGCGUCGUCCCCGUUAGACUACGUCGUCAAGCUUGUCAUGGAUGUCAACACUCUCGUCUCGCUAUAUCGGCUGGCAGGGGCUCUCCCGCCGAGAAGCCUCCAGGCGAGCACUUGGUCGUCCAGGAAGAAGCAGCCGUCGAGACUGUUGAUUGAGCGAAGGACGACCACGGAGAAAAAUACCACUGCCUUCAAACGCCGCCACCAUCGUCGACCCCCGUUUGUCGUGUGGUACGCGGUGUGCAGCGUGGGUUGUGGAGUGACUGUCUGGGUCUUGUGCCUCCAGGCGCUGUUUUUUCGGCAGCCAUGCCCAUCGACAUGCCAGGCGGCGACGACACCCCUGUUGGACCUGACGUGCCACUGCAAGUACCUCCACAUCAACUGCCACGUCCUUCGCAACCAGAGCCUUGACGUAGACGCAUUCAUCGACCCUCAUGACGUCGGUUCGUCGCUCUUUGUCCUCAAAGUGAGUCGCUGCGACGUUCGCAGCGGCAUUUCAAACAGCACGUUUGCCCACCAGCAAUCGCUCAACACAGUCGUGUUUCAGUUUACGAAACUCCGCGACUGGGACGCCGCGCUUCCCGCGACCCUGACGUCGAUCCAGUUUCGCCAGUGCGACUUUUUCUCGGUUCCAGUGAGUCUCCAAGCCAAACUGCCGCCACUCCUGACCAAUCUCAUGUUCGAGUCGACUCCCCUUGCGACGCUGCCAGAGCACUUGGUGGAUAUAUGGCAGCCCGUGACAAACCUGUUUUUUUUCAACACCAGCCUCACGACGACCCCGACGGCGCUGUCGACGCUCGGCAACCUCCAGGCACUCUACCUGACAAACCAUCCGUGGCUUACCACCGUGGACGACUUGUGGCAAGCCCAGCUAAAUCAUCUGACGCAACUGCACUCUGUGAAUUUGGGAGGCAACUCCCUGACUGAGCUUCCCACGACCCUUCGGAGCGACAUCAUGCUCGACGUGUCGUCCAACCCAAUCGCCGUUCUCCCGCGAGGCUUUGACACAGCCCGCCUCACGUCCAAGAUGGUCCUUGUGGGCAAUACCACAUAUUGCAACUCGUCCACUGACGCGACAGUGUGUGGACGGGCGAUCUGUGCACCAGGAUGCAUGCUGUGGGCAGUCGGCGAUCAACUCUGCGACUUGGCUUGUUUUACUGCCGCGUGUGAAUAUGAUCGUGGCGACUGCGACGAGUACGGCCUUUCGCCGCCUUGAUACUUUAUGUGGCCUUAAGCAUAACAGUCCCUACGCAAUAGCGCUUUAUGCAAGAAAUGCUAUCAGUUAAAAACCACUGGCAUUCGCCACGACGAGGUCGCACUCGCGAUGCCGACAACGACAAGGUCGAUCUCUUCUACACAUCAAACCCUUCGUGGUCGCUGCCCACUUGCUUGGAUACACGCUCGGCUACAACACGCCAGUCGUAUACCCAAACGAGGGCCACGGCCAUGA